CACUUCAACUUCCUCUCCCCUCCUCCUCCUCCUCCUCCAUCUCUCUUGUCUUCUCUCACCUGACUACUUUAUGCUUUUGUCCCACUUCUCUUUCUUGUUCCUUUGAUGGGUUCUUUUUAAGCUUUUGGGGCAUUUGGGGGAGAGGAGAAGAGCAGUAGUACUCCAGACAGACAUCCCAACCAUCAUCUCCCUUUAGUCAGUGGUACUGCUACCAUCACCACUGCUGUUUCUGUUUUCUUGUUUGUGGGGGGAAAACACUUUUCUCUCCCACCCCUUCAUUGUUUUCCCAAACACAUAAUACAAAACUGCUUUUAAUUUCUGUGUGGUUUUCUCCCCAUUUUCGUUGCUGUUUCACCUUGUAGCAAAUUGGAUUUGGAGCCACCUUGGUUUUCUUCUUCAAUUUCCCUCCCCGGAAAGAAAGAUUGCAUCUUUUUUUCUCCUUUCCCUAGAGUUUCUUGACGGGGAUCUGAGCAACUUGAUGUUUCAAACUUCACCGGGUUUCGAAGCAAAAUUCUAGCUAGGGUUCAUAGCUGCUGGAUUCAAUUGGCAGAAAUGUACAGUGCAAAGAGGGAUUCCGUGAUGAAAGAAACCCUCAGGAGUCUUUGUUGCAGCAAUGGAUGGUGCUAUGGGAUUUUCUGGGGUUUUGAUCAGAGAAAUUCCUUAUUAUUGACAUGUAAAGAUGCUUACUAUGAAGAGCAAAUGAGAGCCUUGAUUGAUAACAUGCUGAUGCAAGUUCAUGUGCUGGGAGGAGGAGUUGUUGGCCAAGCUGCCUUCACAAGAAACCACAGGUGGAUGUUUUUAGAUGACCUACAAGAAAGGCAAAACUGUGUAGGAUCAUCUCAAAGUCUUGACAUUUUAGAGGAUGAUUCUCUUCUCGACGCCCAACUCUCUUUGGGACUAAAGACUAUUGCUUUAAUAUCUGUUGAACCAUGGGGCGUCGUCCAGCUAGGCUCGACUCGUAAGGUUCUUGAAUUUAAGGACUUCAUUGAGCAAGUCAAGCUUGGUUUCCGGGGGAUUGGUGAGGGACAGAAACUUGAGUUGCAAGAGAGUUCUUCAGACAGCCAUUUUCUGUAUUCAGGCACUCAGUUUAGCACAUUGCUACCGUGCUAUGCAUCCGGCGCUGCUGCUGAGAACUUCCCUGAUUGUGCCAACUCUGAUGGUUUUUUUGGAUCCAAUUAUUCGAUAUCCCCUCCAUCUCAAUUGCUGUCUUCUAGUUUGAACUUCACUGGAUCUUCCUCCCUGAUUGAGAACCAAGUUCAAAAUGGCUGCAAGUCCAGUUCCCCAUUAGAUCAAUUGCUUUAUGAGCCGGGGAGUUCAUUUGAUUGCUCGGCUCUCACGGCAUCUUGGUCUCAUUUACCAUCUGGUGGAAUCAGCAGUUAUGAAUGCAGCCCCAGUUCGAGCUUGAAUGCCUUGGCAACUACUUCAUUAGAGGGUUCACAAUUCUCAAAGGAUGCAUUGAAUGCUCGGGAUUAUACUGCUUUAAUCGAUCCAACCUGCUCGAAUGCUCCAAGGCCAUCAUCCGGCCUUUCGACUCUGGAUGAACUGUUUCAGGACAACUCUGUUGCCGAGGAUCUCUGUAAAACUGGUCCUAUGGAUGACUUUACUCGCUUGCUUUCGCCUUUGGCGUGCCCGAGCAAUGCUUCAUUCAGCGCACUUAGUAAUGACCUGUCGCACUUGACAGGACACACUCUGGUCUCCAAAUUGAGUGCUGAGAAUCAUCCAGCAAAUUCUAUGCAGAGUUCUGUUACUGAUGCAUUCAAGUCUAGUAACUAUGAUAGCAAGUUUUACGCCAUGUCUGGCGUGGACAAGCUGCUGAAUGGUUUGGGAGCCGAGACGGGCUGUGAUCAAAAGCUUCAGAGCUGGAAUGAUCAGCCUCUGCUUAAUGUUUCGAAUGGUGCCGGCUUAGAUUUCAAUACAAAUAUCAAUGGAUGCAUGGCAGAAAAGGCCUUUGGAUCCAAAGUUGCAACAUCUAACAGUUUGUUCUCAAGAUUAGGCCUUGAUCAUCUCUUAGACGGUAGUGCUAGCAGCUCGUACGGUUCGUUCUCCAAAACUAGGUUGGAGGAUCAACCAUCACCUGUGGCUAAAAGAAGAAAAGUUGACAUCGGUUCAUGGCGACAAGACUCUGAGAUCAGAACCGCCAUUGAUCUCAAAAGCGAAACCUCUGCAAAGGGGUCGAUGGGCUUAUGUGUUGCUGAUAGCUCAAAUAUGGGUGCAGGGAGCUCUAGCUCAUUGAAGAAGCAACAAGACUCUGCGAAAAAUGGGAAGAAGAAGGCUAAACCAGGGAGCAGACCACGGCCAAAAGAUCGACAGAUGAUUCAAGAUCGCCUUGCAGAGUUGAGGGGGCUCAUUCCCAACGGAGAGAAGAUGAGCAUUGAUCGUUUGUUGGAACGAACCAUAAAGCACUUGAACUUCAUGAGCAGCUUAGCAAAACAUUCGGAAAGUCUGAAACAAGUCGACAAGUCCAAGAGCAGGAAUUUCCAAAAGGGCCACUCAAAAAACGAUGGUGGAGUAACAUGGGCGUGCGAAGUUGGCGAUAAAUCAAUGGUUUGUCCGCUGAUCAUCGAGGACCUUAGUACCCCCGGACAAAUGCUUAUUGAGAUCCUUUACGAAGAAUGUGGUUUCUUUCUAGAGAUUAUAGAUAUAAUUCGCGGCUUUGGCCUGACAGUCCUAAAGGGAGUGAUGGAAGUUCGCGAAACGAAGAUAUGGGCUAGCUUCAUAGUGGAAGCUAAGGGGAACCGGCAUGGGACAAGGCAUGAAGUAUUCUCUUCUCUGAUUCAGCUCUUACAAAUGACUGGUGGAAAUCUGUCUAAAGCGAACGAACACUUUGGCAACAAUAUCAGCUCAACCAUGCCGUUAUUCAACAACUAUCAAUCUGUCUCGGCAUUCCCUGUCAACUUGGCUGAUACAAUUCAGUGUGCAAACUUGUGAUAGAUUCAAAGAAAUUUCGAAAACUUGGAUGGUGCUGCACGCUGCCACGACCCCUUUUUGCAGUAGAUGCCUUAGCAAGACACGCGAGCAAAAGUAUAGUUUUUGAAACAUUCGGCGCUGAUGCCUAUAGCUUGUCGAAAGUAAAGUUUGAGCCGACGAUGAUUUUCUUGGUUCUUUGGUCUAGAGUAGAUUUGUUUGUUUGUUGGUUUGGUUGGUUUGUUGAAAGUGACAAAUCAAAAGUAGUGAGUAGUCAGUCAGUCUAACAGGAGAGAAAUGCCCCCCAAUCUUUAUUUCGAUCUCUCUCAUUUAAUUCUGUUGUGGUCUCUUGUGUAUAAAAUACUUGAAUGAUGGAUUGUCAUUGAUUGCUUGGCUCUGUU